UAUCGAUACUUCUUUCGUGUCCCUAGUGUCGACAAGACAUUUGAUAAGAGCCGUGGAGCUCUUUUGUUAUUUGUAUCACACAAAUACCCAGCGUUUUACUGUGAGUAGUUGUGUUUUGUUAUCAGUAACGCUCGAGCGAGGGGGCCGGUCACCCAAUAAUAAGUACAGAUAAGAAAAUCGAGCAAUAAGAAGGCGUACCGCGCGACCGAGGUACUGAGUCGUUCAGAAUGCGUCUAAUAAUCCUGGAGGAUGCAGACGUGGUGGCGGAUUGGGCGGCGCGGUUUGUGAUGCAGCGCGUGACGCAGUUCGCGCCCGGCCCUCAGCGCCGCUUCGUGCUGGGCCUGCCCACUGGAGGCACGCCCCUCGGCAUGUACCGCAAGCUCAUACAGUUCUACAAGGAGGGCAAGAUCUCCUUCAAAUACGUCACCACCUUCAACAUGGACGAAUACGUAGGCCUGCCGCGCGACCACCCGGAGUCGUACCACUACUACAUGUGGAAUGAGUUCUUCAAGCACGUGGACAUCGACCCCGCGCAGGCGCACGUGCUGGACGGCAACGCGCCCGACCUCGUGGCGGAGUGCGCGCGCUUCGAGAGACUCAUACAAGACGCGGGCGGUGUGCAUCUCUUCAUAGGAGGCAUCGGUCCGGACGGGCACAUCGCGUUUAACGAGCCGGGCUCGUCGCUAGUGUCGCGCACGCGAGUCAAGACGCUCGCGUACGACACGCUCGAGGCCAACAAGCGGUUCUUCGGCAACGAUAUCUCCAAAGUGCCGCGUCAGGCGCUCACCGUCGGUGUCGGCACCGUCAUGGACGCCAAAGAGGUGAUGAUCCUGAUAACGGGCGGGCACAAGGCGCUGGCGCUGGCCAAGGCCGUAGAGGAGGGCGUCAACCACAUGUGGACCGUGUCGGCCUUCCAGCAGCACGCGCAGACUCUGUUCGUGUGCGACGAGAGCGCCACGCUCGAGCUGCGCGUCAAGACCGUCAAGUACUUCAAGAGUCUGAUGGGAGAACACAACAAACUGAUAGAGAUGGCGCCGCCGCACUGACACCACAUUCCAACACGUGUACGUUAUGUAUAGUCAAAUAAAUAUAUAAUUUUUGUACUAAAUAUGUAAAAGAUUUUAUGGUUUAAUAA